AUGAAUCCCUUUCUUUUGCUCGCUUUUUUUGUCAGUACGGCUUUUGCAGCCGCACCGCCGCCGUUGGUGCCGCCCAGCGAAGAUGAGUUUUACCAAGCUCCUGCUAGGUUCGAAGAUGAAGAAAUUGGAACGAUUUUGAAAAUACGAAGUCCGCCUCGAGAUCUUAGAAGUAUAUACUUGCCAAUCAAUAUCAAGAACGCAUGGCAGAUUAUGGUUAGAUCGCUGGACUCGUUUGGCCAGCCGAAUUACAUCGUUACGACCAUCAUGGAGCCCUAUAACGCCGACCCAGGUAAGGUAUUGAGCUACCAAACUUUUCAAGAUAGUGCAGAUAUAGACUGCUCACCAUCGUACGGUAUGCUUCAAGGAGCUCCCAUGUCCACCCUUGCUACACAAAUCGACAUGACGUUUGUGGUUUUGGCGUUGCAAAGCGGCUACUACGUCGUCUCGCCGGAUUACGAAGGCCCCAAAUCGACGUUCGCUGUGGGGAGACAAUCUGGAUACGCCACGUUAGACUCGAUUCGGGCUACGUUACACUCGGGGAACUUUACUGGUAUCAGCAACGAUGCAAAAGUCGCCAUGUGGGGCUAUAGUGGUGGCUCGGUGGCUAGUGGAUGGGCAGCUUCGUUGCAGCUGCGCUAUGCUCCUGAACUAAAGGAAAAUUUGAUUGGAGUUGCCCUCGGUGGACUCGUGGCCAACAUCACUGCCGUGGCCGAAGCAGUCGACAAUGGGUUAUUUUCAGGAUUGAUACCCGUAGCACUCCACGGCUUGGCUAAUGAAUAUCCGCACUUGAAAGACUUGAUGGAUAUCUAUGUUGAUCCAGCACAGGCUGACGCAUUGGAUUAUGCUGCACACCAGUGCUUGUUCGGCGCAGUGUUGAACUAUGUAGCCGCACCAAUUUUAAAAGGCAAGUCGCCCAUGUUCCCCGGCGGCGUGGAGUUGUUGCAACAUCCACAGAUAGCGGAAAUCUUGCACGAAAACUGUCUUGUGUGCAUGAACGAGACCUAUGUGCCCGAAAUGCCCGUGUUUGUAUACCAUGGAACCUUGGAUCAAGUUAUCCCCAUCAAGGACGUGCGCAACAUUUAUAAGAAUUGGUGCGAUUGGGGAAUUGAAUCGCUUGAAUUUACCGAGGGCGUGUUGGGCACGCACAUUACCGAAACUUUGGUUGGUGCGCCUGCUGCUUGGACGUGGCUUGAACGGAGAUUCGCUGGAGAAGAACCGGUUCGUGGGUGUCAACAUGAUGCAAGGCUACAGAAUUUCUUUUACCCCAAUGCUAGUUCUACAACACUUGAUUAUUUCACGGGGUUGUUUGAUGCGUUUAUGUAUGGCGAGUUGGGUGCUGAGUUGGUUAGUAAUGAGGCUGGAGAAGCAGCGGGUGCUGGAGCUGGAGGUAACAUCACCAGUAUCGUCAACAAACUUAGGAAAAAGAGUGAGAGCUAG